AUACUAUAGAAAGAACAUGGCCGCCGGCUUGGCCCCGCCUCCUGGUUGCCUAGGCAACCCAGGAGCCGCGUCGGUUAAUGGCGGUUGGGAGAGAUCUCUGAGGAAGGAGGACGCCUCCUCUGGGCCUCAAUGGCGCGGAUCACAGAAGAACUUGUUAGGCAACGGGCCGAGCACAACAACUGUGAGAUCUUCUCCUUGGAGGAAAUUUCCUUGCACCAGCAGAACAUAGAGAAAAUAGAACAUCUUGACAAAUGGUGCCGGGAUUUAAAAAUCCUCUAUCUUCAAAACAAUCUGAUCCCCAAAAUUGAAAAUGUGAGCAGAUUGAAGAAGCUUGAAUAUUUGAAUUUAGCUUUAAACAACAUUGAAAAAAUUGAAAAUUUGGGAGGUUGUGAAGACUUGCAGAAGCUAGACCUGACAGCUAAUUUCAUUGGCGAAUUGUCCAGUAUCAAAGACUUGAAAAAUAAUGUCCAUCUUAGAGAGCUCUUCCUCACAGGCAACCCAUGUACUGAUUUUGAAGGUUAUAGACAGUUUGUGGUUUCUACUCUUCAUCAGCUCAGGGUUUUGGAUGGCAGAGAAAUAGAGCGUUCAGAGAGGAUUCAGGCUUUACAAAACUAUGCUGAGGUAGAAAAACAAAUCCAAAAACAGGAACAAGCCUAUCUUCUUAAAAGAAGAGAAGAAAAAGAAGAGGCUGAAAGACGGAUGCAAGAGAAGGAGAAGCAAAAGAAACGUAAUUUAGGAUUUAAUGGACGAUGGUACACUGAUAUCAAUGCCACAAACUGUUAUUCUGUAGAAGGGACAAAGAGCCACCAGAAAGCUGGAGAAAAAAAUGAAUACCAUGAAUUGCUGAUGGAAGAUGAUGAGAAGAAGAGAAGUUUUUGGGAGGAACCUGUGCCUCAUACUCCAGAGGCUAGGUUAGAAGCUCACAGAUAUGUAGAAGAAAAAAGGAAAGCAAAAGAAAAUAGAGAACAAUUGAAGAAAGAGAAGCCACCAAGGACUAUGAUCACUCCUGAAGGAAGAGUUCUGAAUGUAAAUGAUCCCAAACUUCCUUUUUCCUUAAAAGAUGAUGAAGAAAACAACCAAUUCAUCCUUGAUCUUGCUGUCUACAGGCAUCUAGACACCUCUCUCCUUGAUGUUGAUGUACAGCCUGGUUAUGUCCGUGUAAUGGUCAAAGGAAAGCCUUUUCAACUUGUGCUUCCUGGAGAAGUAAAGCCAGAUAGCAGCAUUGCUAGAAGAUCUCAGACAACUGGACAUUUAGUUAUCAGCCUACCAAAGGCUAAAGAAAUAAUUGUGGCAAACCCCAAAACAACUACUUGUAAGAAAUUGUCUCACAUUGAUGAACAGAAAAGAAAUCUAAGAAGAAAUAAAUGCGCAGAGAAGUUAGAGGUGGAUCCUAACAAGUAUUCAUUUCCAGAUGUAACAAAUAUUGUACGGGAAACAGAUUUGAUUGUUCAAAGGGGCCUUUAG